GACCUCGUGCUGCACGCGUGCACCAGAGAGGCGUUUCUCAACCCCGCGGUCCGAAACCGGGCGGUUGUCAGUGUCCGCAGACACUUUUGACGGCCUCAGCGUGGCAGGGGCGCUCUGCGAAGUCCCACAACAAAGAACCUGGAGCCCGACGUGAAUGCCUGUCUGGGGCGGUGGAAACAAGUGUGGAGCCUGUGGAAGGACCGUGUACCACGCCGAGGAGGUGCAGUGCGAUGGGAGGAGCUUCCACCGCUGCUGCUUCCUGUGCAUGGUGUGCAGGAAAAAUUUAGACAGCACAACAGUAGCAAUUCACGAUGAAGAGAUCUACUGCAAAUCCUGCUAUGGAAAAAAGUAUGGACCAAAAGGUUAUGGUUAUGGCCAAGGUGCUGGCACGCUCAAUAUGGAUCGUGGAGAGAGGCUGGGCAUCAAGCCAGAGAGUGCUCAACCUCAUAGGCCAACAACAAAUCCAAACACUUCGAAGUUUGCUCAGAAAUAUGGAGGUGCUGAGAAGUGUUCCAGAUGUGGGGAUUCUGUGUAUGCUGCCGAGAAGAUAAUUGGAGCUGGAAAGCCCUGGCACAAAAACUGUUUCCGAUGUGCCAAGUGUGGGAAGAGUCUUGAGUCAACAACUCUGACUGAGAAGGAUGGUGAAAUCUAUUGUAAAGGAUGCUAUGCAAAGAACUUUGGGCCCAAGGGAUUUGGCUAUGGUCAAGGCGCAGGAGCCCUUGUACAUGCUCAGUAAAGGUGUCAACCCAGAACUGAACAUCACACAUCGAGAAGCUCUUCAGAAUCUACAGAUGACUUUACAACACUAACCUGUGAACUCUACCAGUGUUACAUACUGUACUUGCAUAAACAGAGCACUGCAUUCUUUGCUUAAUCACCAGCAUUUUCAGGAGCCAUUUGUUACAUUUGAAAUAAAAUGUUAGCUUGA